UACAAAAUUACCACUCAGUUUUCAUUGGAAUAGGGAUUUAGGUACGAAUUCUGGGAUUUAGUUCCACAUUCUCAUUUUUGCUUCCCCCACCCCAUACGCCCCAAGGAUUGUACUGUAGACUUACUGAUUAUUCAGGAAACUUCUUUUAGAUAUGUCUAAUUAGUUUACUUUGAAUGAGCAUUUGAACCUGGUAUCAACCCUGUGAAACUGGUAGAUUUCAACUAGUAUAGUAUAGCAUUACAUAUCAUACUUUUCUCCAUAACUGAUGCCUUUUUAAUAACUGUCAAAGAAAGAUAAGAAAUGUCUAAUAAGAAACAUUCGCAGGACUGGAGAAUAAUAAUGUGCAACUGGCAAAUGGAAGCAUCAUGAAUGUCCUGGAGGCAUUUUGAGGGAAAUUAAAAUAAUUUAAAAAAAAACUGGUGGGCUAACAUUUAAUAAUUGGUGGAGGAGGCAUAUCUAUAUAGAUGUUUAUAACUUUGAUGCUUGAUAGAUGCUUGAUGCUUGAUAGAUGUUUAUAACUUUUUAAUGUCAAAUUGUGAGAAACGAGGUUCAAUAUGCACUCUUGUUCUUACAGACUUUACCAAAGCUUUCGAUUCGAUCGAUCACCGAAUAGCUUUUAACUGUUUAUAUAACUUUGGUAUCUCUCCAUCUAUCUUGCAGUAGGUCGUUGACUUUCUUUCAAAUCGCAAACAGAGUUGACUUGAAACUGGAAUAAAAUCUGGGACAGAAAACUAAACUGCCUCAUCCAGGAAAUACAGGAUUUAUUAAGUGAAUACUUCAAUGUGUUAGGCAUGCCAGCACUGGUGGCGUUCAACCGUCGCUGGGCGGUAGGAAGUGAUGAUUUUGCACUGCCUGGUAUUGUAUCUCUACUGACUCGAUUUGUGUGGAUGAUAGCAGUGUCAAUCAUCUUUAUCAUACAUUUCACAGGUCACAAUCACUUCGAAUCAUGUCAAGGCGAGCAGAAAACCAUAGUGUAUUUCAGCGGAUUUUUGUUUAUUCUUAUUGCUACAAUCAUCUUGGAAAUACUCAUAAUAUACGUUAGUAGUCGUGGAACAAUCGUGAAUGUGUACCCACGGCGACAUAUUCCUCGUCUUUUAUACAUACGACUGUUUCUUUACAUUAUUGAAAUCAUCUGGAGUGUUUUUGGAAUUUUUAUUGUACAUUCACAUUGGAAGCCAGAAAGCAGUGCCUGUGAUGGCACCAUAAUGAACAUAAUUUUAGCAGUUGUUCUUCUCAGCUGGUUUGGAUUAAUAAUCAAUUUGAUCGCAGUUUGUGUGAAAUUUGAUCCGUUGGGCCACGUACGAGAAAAAGAAAAGCGCAAGUUGCACAAACGCAUAUUACGUAAAUCGUCUGUGAGAUCAGUAUUUAAUGUGGAAACACCUAAGGCCUUAUGGGAACGCAGGUGCCGAGGCAUGUGCUGCUGUGUCAAAGGUGAUGAGAAUGCGAGGGAGGCAUUUAAAGACGUGUCCUCAAUAUUUGCCCAAGUGUUUGAAGAUCACGAUGUGGUUGCAUCGGAUAUUUUAGCUGGAUUAACUGUGAUUCAACAGCAGCAAAAGAGAUUAAGAUUGCAAGGUUUAAUGCCUCAAUCAUCAAGGACUGACUUUCCAGAAUUUAACUCUCCUUCGACACCUGAAAUAAAUAUAUUACCGACGGCAGUACAUUUUCUUCAGUAUGCCUUAAGUUCAUAUGGAUUCUUGUUCUACCUAUUUGAUCAUCUUUCAUUUGGAAUAUGUAAAUUAUGCUUACACAAGGAUUGCAUUUGUUGUUGCUGUGGCAACCAAGAAGAUGAGGGCUGCACUGGGUACAAUACAGCGGUCAUCAAGGAAAUGAACAAUUUGAGAAAUGAUCAGAUUAUCUACAUAACUCAUCAGAAUAAGAUCUAUGAAAUACCCUUUUUUGUGGCGGUGGACCAUGAUUAUAAGGCUGUCGUUAUUUCUUUACGUGGAACGUUGUCAGUGGAGGAUGCACUUACGGAUGCAAAUGCGGAGAGCACGGUAAUGAUUGUAGACAAUCAAAGAAUGUAUGCACAUAAGGGAAUAUUGAUGGUUAGUAGGAACAUUAAACAAAUCCUGGAUCAAGAGAAACUUAUUGAAAAGGCAUAUGAAAAAGCUAAGAGCAAAGAUUAUGAACUGGUUAUUACUGGGCACAGUCUUGGAGGUGGAGCUGCUGCUAUUUUGGCAAUCUUACUGAAACCUCAAUGGCCAAAUGUUCAAUGCUAUGCGUUCGCUUCUCCUGGUGGUCUUGUCAGCUCUGUUGCGGUUGAGUAUUCCCGUAGUUUUGUAACAACAGUAAUUCUGGGCAGUGAUCUUAUUUCUAGAAUGUCAUUGGAGAGUUUGGAUGAUAUAAAACUACAGCUGAUUAAGGUCUUUAUGGAAACUGAUAAAUCAAAAAUCAAGCUACUUACACAAGCAUGUAUUAACGGUAUGUGUGGUGACGACUCAGCCGACCUUAAUGAUUGUGAUCGGAUGGCGGUUAUAACUGAUGAAGACAAUCAAAAUUACUUUGAACAAUAUGACCACAUGAUAGGUGACGUUGCCUUUGAUGCAGAAGAGAACUCAUCCCUUUAUCAGAGAAACAAUUAUCAUGGCAAUGGAGAUCACAACAGUGAUGCAGAUGAUGAUGUUGAUGCUAGUUUUGCUGCUGAUGAUGAAGAUGAGAAUAAAUUUUUGUACCUUCCAGGCCAAAUUUUGUGGAUCAAAAAGAUAUCAGAAGGUAUUGAAAGAAGCUCAUGCUGUGGUAGAAGGCAUUUUGUAGCAACGUGGGCAAAACAUGCAGAUUUCUCAUCAAUUCUUGUGAAGCCAAGUAUGAUUACAGACCAUAUACCUCAUAACUUGAUGAAUGCAAUGCGUGACAUCAUCACAAAUCAACAACUUCAAGAGGUUUAGAUGCUAUGAACUGAAAUAAAAUAUUUGAAUUUAUCAAAGACUAAAUUUGUAAUUGUACAAAAUUAAUAAUGAAAUAAGUAUUAGAACUUUUCACUUUUUCAUUUGUUUUUAAAGAUUUUUUUUACAAUUUAAAUAUUUUGUGUGAGAAAAUGUUGUUGGACAGCUCAACCAGAUGCAGCUUAAUGUCUUGCCCAGAACUACUUAACUACAGCUUAAUCUACCCUUAAUUAUUUCCACCGGACACCAUUCUGUUAUUUUAGAGUAAGGUUUUGGGGAAAAUUAAAUAUAAACUGAUUAAUUAUAUAAUAGCAUGUAUUUGUUUGUGAUUACAGGGCAUUAUUCUUAAUACCGGUUUUACUCAAGAAGACAUUGCACUAAACAGAGUUUAGAAUGGGCCCAGACCUAUAUAAUUGAACGAAGCCCAAAUAUACCUUUAACAAAUCAUGGAA